AAACCGGAAAGGAAAUGUAGGGAAACAAAACAGGGUGGCACGUGGCUAAAUGCCUGAACAGUUCCAUAAAUCGCUUAAUUUAAUCCACAAUUAAUGAAACAUCGCUGGAUGGGAGCAAAAAAGAAUCUGCCUUUCAAGUAAGCAGGUUGUUGGGGAUGUUCAGGGUUUUGCUAUGUUGAGAAUUCAGUGUUGUGGCAUUCUCUGCAAAACACUUUGAUCCUAACAAACCAGCUUCUGACAGUGAUUCCAACUCUACAACUCUGUAGAUAUGAAACUAAAGGAAUUGGAAAGUUGCCUUCAGCAAGUAGAUGGAUUUGAAGAGCCAAAAAUCCUUCUGGAACAGUACCCCACCAGUCCUCAUAUAGCAGGUUGUAUGCUGUACACCAUCCACAACACCUUUGAUGACAUUAAGAAUAAACUGGUUGCUGACUUGGGAUGUGGAUGUGGAGUACUUAGUAUAGGAGCUGCAGUCUUGGAUGCAGGUGAUGUGUGCUCUAUCGGAUCAUCAUAUGAAAAGAAAUUCGAUACAGUCAUCAUGAAUCCUCCGUUUGGCACAAAACACAAUCAGGGUAUAGACAUGCAUUUUCUGAAGACAGCGAUUUCAAUGGCUAAGGAUGCAGUAUAUUCUCUUCACAAGACAUCGACACGGAAUCAUAUACAGAAAAAGGCAACUGACUGGAAAGUGAAAAUGGAAGUAAUAGCAGAGCUCAGAUAUGACCUUCCAGCUUCCUAUAAGUUCCACAAAAAGAAAUCAGUUGAUAUCCAGGUGGACUUCAUUCAAUUCACCCCUAUGUGAACUUAAGUAUUCAGAAGAUCUGCGGUUCUGUACAUUUUCCUGUUCUCCUGUGCUGUUUUGUUAUUGUUUUGUUGCCAAAGUGUAUGUAUUUUAAAAUAAACUUCAGUAAUUUAAUAGAAA